AUGGCAGACGGCAAAGACUUCACUCUUGAAAUUCUUAAAGAAUUCGCGUCACAACAAUGGGAUAGAACACUUUGUUACUCAGAAAUUGUACCAACCCCAGAAGUAAAUGCCGUCAAAAGAUGUGUCGUGACAAUACGGUCGCCACUUAAAAUGACGUCCUCCCUCCCAAAGUAUGAGUUCAUGUGGACAUUCAGCACAGACGACUCCGAUUUCAUUGAAAUAGUCUAUACGCCAAAUGUCCAGGAAAGUGGGACGCAUAACAUCAUUGUCAACACCCCCCAGGAAGAGGGUUGGGGGAUGGUCACUCCUGGGCCGUAUGCUAAUAACAUCAGCGAGAGUUCGCUUACACUUCAUUUGAAGACCAAGCAGGAGGCCAACAACCUUCCAUAUGAGCAAAGGACGUUAUGCUUUAAGUUAAGUAAUGUAGUGAACAAAAAACAGAAAAGUAUAUCUGUGUUCAUUAUAGAAAUGAGUUCAACGGGCAAAAGUUAUGUGAAGACUGGGGAAAUGGUAUCAGUUUCUUCAAGUUCGGAAAGUCAGUCUGUCAUUGAGUAA